AUGCAACAGCAGCUAGCUGCUACGUCAUCGAAUCGUGGUCACAAAUUGGCUACGUUGUUCCCGUCGAUCCAAUGUUGCUUAGCGCUGAUGUUCGCAGCUGAGCGGUAUGCUGACGCAAAAUUGCGGGCUGAUACGGAGAAUAUCAUCGGAAGCACGUUCCAUCUACAGAUGAAUUUGCUUCGAUCGUACAUAUCGAUGUUGGAGCGAGUAGUAAGCGACUGUGGCAUGGCACAACGACAGUCUGGUUUGGCUGCACCUGGCGAAGCCGAGCUGUUGGCGCAAGGCGCGUGUGGCGCAAGAUCAUCAUCAGAGCCAGCCACACCGCAUAAUGAUUCUGGGUUUUGUUCUGGAGUGAGUUCACCGGAAUCAUGUGGCAAAAAGGAUCUCGAAUGCUCGCCACCGAAAAUGGCAAGAAUCGCCUGA